UUAAAACAAUGAAUUGACACCUUCAAUUUCAAAUUACGAAUUUCAAAAGUCUGUUGCUAUGUUCAAAAUGAUUUAUCCCUAUAUGACAACUCUGAGGAUUUGCCAUCAUUCUUCAAAAGAUCAUCACAACUUUAUUUCUCGUUGAUUCUGGACACAGAAAUUGUUCAAAAUCAACCUUUAAAUGAAAUUGUUCCUUGGAUGAAAAUACAGAACUAACAACAAAAAAGUCAGCCUCUGUGUUGAUGUGUAAGGAAAACACAGUAAGGCAUAUCAUCAGUUUCUUUGAAUUUCAUGAAACACUUGAUGGAAUGAACUCAUCUGCCAACUCAUAUUUAAAAUUAGCUUGACCUAUCCAUAGCAGCAAGUUUCUCCUGAUGUAAUGUGAUCCAGUCCUCAGAUGUAAGCAUGUAUGAAUGUUGUUGUUUGGGGGCAACCCACUUUUGAUCUAUUGGAAUGACAUCACAGCCAAAAUGGACUUUUUUAACCACAAGAUUGGAUUGAACUCCAAACUUUACAUAAACACAUUAACUGAAUUGCCCCUUGUUGCCGAGACUGGACUUGCAGCCUACGGCUACAUCCAAAUUAAUGUACCGCUACGUGUAUGUCAAUUGUUGGCAUACACGAACAGGUGUCCAUGCAUUUGAAACCAAAGAUGAGUUCAAUCUAAUUCUACUCUCACAUGGUGUGAAUCCACAAGCAGUUUUAUUUAAAUCAACCAUUGGUUCAAAACAAACAUAUCUAGACUUUCUGUCCUCUAUUUAUAAAAUGAGCGGCAGAAAAGGCUCUUGUUGAUCUUUUCCAUGCGGAACAUUAGAAAAUGCAACCAAAAAGGAUGGUGUGCAUUAUCAGUGCCAGGUCCCUUUUAUGGUGUUGCAACAAAAAUUUAGCCCUAGCCUAGUCAGUCCAGAGCCACCUUGUACAUGUAUGUGGUGUUUGAGAACCUGGAUAGUGCUGCUGGUUCACAUGGCUGCACGAGGUGGCUGCAUGAGUGUGUACCACAGGACUGUCAAUUUCACUUCAAGACACGCUUUCUUUUGUUCCUGCUCGGAGCGGAUACCAUGGAACUUCACAAUUUGUGUCUAAGGGCGGCAUGCCAGCAAUGAGAUUCAAGGUGGAGACACAAAAUGAAAGUCGGGGAACUCGAUUCCGAAACGGCGUAACAACUUUGAGGAGUUGCCAUCCUUCAAAAGAUCAUCACACCUGUAUAAAAGUUGCUUUUAUUUUUGAAGUCAUGCUCUACACAUCAACUGUAACUAUGGAGACUAUAUCACACGAGAGAAUAAACACCACUGUGAAUUCUACAGAGGAUGCCAUUUCAGCAGAAAGUGAGCAAUCAGCAUUUGCAAUUUUUCUCUGCAUCUCCAUGACACUUACAAUUCUCCUGAGCUAUCUACUGAAUCCACUGAUGCUUUUCACCUUACGUCGAGUCACCAGUAUCCAGCCUACAACCAAAAUAUGCAUGGUUUCUCUCACCAUGGCUGAUCUUAUAUUUGCAACUGUCAGAACCUUUGAUUUACUGGAACUGUUUGCUGUGAGAUGGUUGCUAGGGGACUUUCCCUGCCUAGUGCAUGGUGUGACAAGCAAUGUGUCAGGCUUCAUGUCUAUUUUCUCCAUUUUACUUCUGACGCUAGACCGAUAUGUCACCAUUCUAUAUCCUUUGAGGUAUUCUACAGUUGUGACAGAAUUAAGAACCAAGAUUUUGGCAUGUGCGAUGUGGGUCAUCAGCACAGCAUUUGUUGUUUGUUUGUUUGCUGUUAAUCCUAAACACACAAUAUGUGAUGGCCCACAUCAGCUUUGUAGUUGGGAGCCUUUGGCUUGGAUUAAAUAUUUCAUUACUGGCAUAAUAUCACUUACGCUUGCUACCAUAUUCGUCCUUUAUCUCCACAUAUUCUUGAUAGCUCAUAAACAAGCUCGACGCAUAGCUGUUGACCAAGCAGGCAAUGGCCAAGGUGGGCAGAGGAUUAACACUAGGUGCAUCACCACCAUCAUCAUCAUAACAGGGACCCUAGUCAUUACUUGGACGCCCACCGCAGUUCGGAUUAUGAUACAGUCAACAAAACAAAAAGCUUCGGAGCAAGAAAUAUACACAGCUUUCUUAUUUACCAAUAUGACACUUAUUCUGCAGAUAUCUAACAGCUGGAUCAACGUUGUUAUUUAUUACCUGAGGAACAAGGAAUUCCGCCAAGCAUUACAGGGUUUACUAGCAGAGUGGCGACAAAGACUGUCCUAGAGAUCUUAACCACAUAAGCAUUCACUGAACAGCUACAACCGUGGAAGGAAAAGUAAUGUAUACUGGUUCAUGUACAGUAUCUUCAAUGCUGUUCUUUGAAUUUCAUGUAACACUUCAUGAAUAGUUUUGUCUGUGGUCUACCAACUCAUUUCUAAAAUCAGCUUGACCUAACCUAAGCAGCAUGAGGCUCUGUCAGGAAACUUAACUGAUGUGGUCUGAUCCCGGCUAUCAGAUGUACCUGUUGUAAGCAUUCAUCAAUGCAGUCAAAGCACUGGUCUUGUUUGACCUGGAUUGAAAUGAUGAAGUCCAUCAACGAUGUACAUGUUUGGGAAACAGAAUGAAAGUGGAAAGUUUUCUUCAUGUGAAUUUAUUUUCAGCAUUAGCCUACAUUUAUGUCCAUGCGUUAGAAACCAAAGUUAAGACCUAAAUCUCGUUCCAGAGUUACAAGUACAUGAUUUGGUCACAAGCAAGCGGGCUUACUCCAAGGAAGGCACAACUACCUGUUCAAGUUUCUACAGAGUAAUCGGCCGAUAAGAAUUAGAAGCCAUUACCGAGGACGACGCACCAUGCUCAUAAACAGGUGUACACACACACUGUACACGUACGGUACGUACAUAUGGAUGUGCCCCAUACGUAAAAGUGAUUUAUAGGGUGCUGUGAUUUGCCAAAAUGCACACACAUCUUAACUUGCCGCCGCAGCAAUCCUCAUAUUAGUCUCCAAGACAGAAUUUAACUCAACUGUUGCA